AUGUGGCGCCAUCUUCUAGGACGACUGAAUAUCGCUGUACACCCUGGGCUGCGACGACAAUUGGUUCCUAAUAAACAGAUUCACGGGGUGUUUUGUGGUUCGAGUGGCGGUGGACUCGACGCGGGCGAAGUGAUUUGCCUCGCUCCUUUUGUCUGCAGCGUUGCAGCGAACAUUGCGGCUGCCUCACCGUGGGGCGCAAGACUGAUGGAUGUGCUUUCGUACUACAGCGUAACGGGUGAAGGUGUUCAAGUGGAGUACUCCAAAGAAAGUGCGGUUACAACCGUGUUUUGCGCACUCAUAAUGCAUUCCGGAGUUGGACCUUUGUGCAGCUAUCUGCAGUGGAUUAACGUUGAACAUGAGAGCGAUACUGACAUAAGGCGUAAAUUGGGAGAAGCUGCGUAUGCGAGACUUCAAACAGUUGAAAAGCUGAAUAAAUCUAUCAUUCUCGCUUUGAGUGAGGAUACUGCAAAAGGUGGGUGGCAAAUACCUCUCGCGGUAAUGGAGCGAGCCCAUGAACUGUGUAGUAGCCGUUGUGUUGAUGUGCCCCGGUCUAAUGCAGUUUUUGGUGGCCCAGCUUUAGUACCAUUUGUUGACCUUAUCAAUCACGCGGAUGACGAGCCGAACAUGGUCGUAUAUGUUGAUACCCCUCAGUCAGUUGGAGUCGCCGUGCGGCAGUCGAGAAAAUUCCCGUUGGAGUUUUGGGAGCAUAUGGAUGGGAGCCGUUGUCCCUUUUACGUUGUUGCGAGGGCUGAAAGAGACAUUGCCGAGAAUGAAGAGCUGCACUAUCGUUAUGUUGAUUCACACGACACUUUUAACAGUGAUCCCUUGUUUUGGGCCUCCCGAUUUCACUUCUGCCCGUAG